GCUAAGAAGAAAAAAGCGAACAUAACCUAUAUUUAUACUUUUUUUUGAGGUAUAAUUGAUUAAAAAAUGUUUCCUGCAAGCGGAACCGGAAGAUUUUCUAAAUAUUCCUCAAAAAUUAUUCGAUUUACACGUAAGGGAUGUACAAAUCGUCCUUUUUUUCAUAUAGUUGUGACCGAAAAAAGGCGACGCCAACAAGAUGCCGUUAUUGAACAAUUAGGUACUUAUGAUCCAUUACCAAAUCAGCACGGUGAAAAAUUAGUUUCACUUAAUUUGGAACGAAUCAGUUAUUGGAUGGGACAUGGGUCCGAUGUUUCAAAACCAGUUAGUCAAUUAUUAGGUUUAUCUGGAUUUUUACCAAUACAUCCUACAAGUUACAUGACUGCGUGGAGAAAUCGAGAAUUAACUGAAAAACAAGAAUUAGAGAGGUUAGAAACCAAGAGAAAAGCAGCUGAAAAGGAAACUGAAAAAGAAAUUAAAGAAGAAACUCAAGCAUAGAUAAUUUUAUUUUAGUUAAUUCUUUAGUUACUUUAAAUUGUUUUUUAUUGUAAUAAACAAUUAGUUGAACUUUAAUUUGGAACAUAAAUUAUCUCAUAACUCCUAUAAAAAAGUCUUGGCAUAGAAAUUAUUAUAAUUUCAAUAAUUUUAUUAAAACUGGUGUAAGAAAAAUAGUAAGGAAAGUUAAAUUCAGUUCAGUUUAUUUAUUAAGUUUUAAAAUAUAAUGUGUAUCGUU